UCGGAGAACAUGUGGAACACGGGCAGCACCUACAACAUGAGCACGGGCAUGGCCGUGGCUGGGAUGCCGGCGGCGUACGACCUGAGCAGCGUCAUCGCCGGCGGCUCCAACGUGGGCCACAACAACCUGAUCCCCCUAGCCAACACCGGCAUCGUCAACCACACCCACUCCAGGAUGGGCUCCAUCAUGAGCACGGGCAUCGUGCAAGGUAAACCACGACCCCUCCCCUUUUAAAAAACCCCCCCCGAGACCCCCAGGCUGACACCCCC